CCUCUCAGGAAUGCAGGAACUGAGCUUUACUAACCCUUGGAAGCCUAGCCCAUCCUGGAGUAUUGAAAUGCAGAGUUACUUAUCUCCCUUAGUGACAGCCGGGCUGCUUGACAAGGAUUGAGACAAUCAAGAGAAACUUUAUGUUAUGUCUUUGGUAGUGAAGGCCAGAGAUACACCUGCAGGCUUGAACGUUUUGUGGCCUGCUGUUCUUCGAUCUCAAGAGGGAAUAAGAAGACACCAGAUAUUAGACCACAGUCUGAACCAUUUGUUAGAAGAUGUGGAGCCUGAAUCGUCUCAAUGGAACCAGCUCCGUGUGACAUUGAUUCUUUCUGUAACCUGCAUUUGGCAAUGUGGUGGAACUGAAAAGUGCAGAGGCGAGCAAAUUACUUGUGGAGUUAUUUAUCAAAAUGUCCCACACGGUGACUUUCACCUUUCAGGACUUUGAGAAUGGAGACCCUGCCAGCCAAGACCCAAGUCCAUAUGAUGAAGGGGCCGUGCAUGAUUCCUUCCACCAGCUAAUUAAGGAGCAGAGCAGUUUGGCAGAGCAAGAGUUGGUGGAGAUGCAACAUCUGACUAACAGGAGCAAAG